GGAUGUCUGUCGGGACCCUGCGUAUGGGCCUGUGUCUGUGUCUUUUGUAGUGACAUGAUGAUGAGCCAGAACAGAGCUCCUUUCGAGGUUUCGCCUGAUCUGCCUCGAGACGACGAUGGCCGUCGCAGGCGAACUGGCACCACGUGGACGGCCAGUGCUCGCAUAAUCACAGCCGUUAUCGGGUCCGGAAUUCUGUCUCUGCCAUGGGCUACGGCGCAACUCGGGUGGAUCGCCGCACCGGCGGUGAAUUUCAUGUUCGCCUUUCUCACUUACCACACCUCUGCCCUUUUGGUCACGUGCUACCGCAAUGGUAACCCCGUCGAAGGCGAGAGAAACUACAGUUACAUGACAGCCGUCUGCUCCCAUCUUGGCGUGGUAAAAGAGAAGUUAUGUGGACUGGUUCUGCACCUGAAUUAUUUUGGGAUUGCCAUUGCGUUCACCAUUGCAGCCUCCAUAAGCAUGAUGGCAAUCCACCAAUCAUACUGCUUUCACGAGGAAGGUGACAAAAGUCCUUGUCACACAAGUACCUAUUGGUAUAUGAUUGUAUUCGGGGUCAUCGAGAUUGUUCUGUCCCAAAUCCAAGACUUCGACAAGCUGUGGUGGCUCUCCAUCCUGGCCACUGUCAUGUCGUUCACUUACUCAACCAUUGGAGUUGCCCUUGGGAUCGCCAAAGUAGUAGAGAAUGGCAAAUUUCAAGGAAGCCUCACUGGAAUAAGCAUUGGCAAUGUCACUCUGACACAGAAGAUAUGGAGGAGUUUCCAGGCUCUUGGUGACAUAGCUUUUGCCUAUUCAUUCGCCAUCAUACUCAUCGACAUUCAGGACACGAUCAAAUCCCCGCCAUCAGAGUCCAAGACGAUGAAGAAGGCCACGUUGAUAAGUUUGGCAGUCAUGACGCCAUUCUAUUUGCUUUGCGGCUGCAUGGUUUAUGGGGCGUUUGGGGACUUGUCACCCGGCCACCUCCUCGCGGGUUUCGAGUUCUUCCACCCAUAUUGGCUCAUCGACAUAGCAAAUGUCGCCGUUGUGAUCCACCUUGUUGGCGCCUAUCAAGUCUACUCCCAACCCAUCUUUGCCUUCAUCGAGGAACCCGGCCUGAGAAGGUUUUCACGUAGCCAAUUCUUCACCAGGGAGAUCAAGAUUCGGGUCCCAGGUCUCCAACCCUACGAUCUAUAUGUGUCUCGGUUGAUUUUGCGAACCAUUUUCGUGGUCGUGACCACUGUCAUCUCCAUACUGCUUCCAUUCUUCAACGAAGUGAUCGGACUACUCGGCGCUCUCGGAUUCUGGCCUUUGACGGUGUAUUUCCCAGUCGAGAUGUACAUCGCCCAAAUGGAGAUCCCCAAGUGGAGCCCCAAAUGGCUAUGCCUCCAAAUCCUCAGCGUAGCUUGUCUUACCAUCAGUAUGGCCGCUGCUGGCGGUUCCAUCGCUGGGGUCGUUCUCCAUCUCAAGUCCGGAUAGCCUGCGGGAAGUGGGCUCACAUUAUCGUAAUAUAUUUUGGUCCUUUCUCAAGAAAAAAUUGGUGGCACAUUAUCGUAAUAGAAUGUAGUAAGCUGCUGGGAGGAUUUUGGCCCUUUGUCGAGCACAAAUUGGUGGCCCAUAGGAAAGUCAAAAGAAGAAAGAAGGUGAAUUUUUAUUUUAUUUUUUUGUUCAGCAAAAUGAAAGUAAAAUUCACCAAAACAUUCGCUGUAUAGGGUUACCACGACUCCUUUAAUGAAUAAUUUGCUUUGAGUGUUAUGUAUGAU